AUGAGGAAGAAAACCAUAGCUAAAAGGCCUAUGCGUGAAAAGGUUUACAAGCUUCCUACUAAACCCUCAACUCGCUCCCAAGAGCGAACCUUCACUCCUUCUCCUUUUCCUCCAACCUCACCUCAUAGAACUGAUCCCAUGACUUACACUAAGAACCCUUCAAGGUUCCCUCCUUCAGCCAAGUUGAUGCCACCUCUGAAGGAACCUCCAUCCAAACCUAGGUCGUCGAAGCCGAUUUCAUCAAAAGGGAAACGACCAGCAGCACCUGAACCUACCUCUGAGCCCACUCAACCUAAGACAAGAUUUAGAUCUGCCAUGAACAAUGACUUUUAUGAAGGAGUUAUUAAGUACCAUACCCUGUGUCUGUCUUUUCUUGCUGAUUUGCCAAACCUGAAAAAGGAAGAUGAAGAUCCUGCCACUGAUGCUGAUGAGGAAGCUGAUUCGGAGGGGAAUGGUUCAAAUGCUUAG